GUGAGGUAACGCGUCGCUGUUGCUAUGGAAACGGCUGUGGCGUCGCCGCUGCUGGAGCCGUUGGGACGGCUGAGGCGGGAUCUUCCUUCCCGCCUUGUGCCCAGGUUCCGGCGUGAGAUCCGUGUUGGUGGGCGUUCGAUGCAGGUUGUGAUACGUGCUGUAGUCAGCCUUUGGAUUCUAUGGGUUUAUUAAUGUCAGAAAGCUUGUCCGGAUGUUGUCUGUUCCCUGUGGUUUGAAACAAACUGCUGUGGUCUCGUCUGUUUCGUGCUAAACUCCACGAGCUGCGAUCGUCUCGUCCAUUUUGAAGCUGUUAAGCUGUCCUUCAAUGGAUGAGGAGGACAUUUCAGCCAGCAGUAACCAGUUUGUGUGAACAGACAGCUGAACUUUAGCUCUUGAGCUCAGUUACCCAUUCAAUGUUUCUGAAAUAGCUUCUCCGCAGCACUGAAGUCCUGCUUUUAGCUGGAAUCUAUCAACCAACAGCUGAAGAACCAAAGGUUUGUCAUCUGAACAGAUAAUACUGGGAACCAUGAACAAAAAUAAUUUUGUGAUACUCCCAGGUUCAAAAAGUGGAACCUCUGUGAGAUUAAAAUCAAAAACUGUCAGAGAGUUGCAACUGGAGAAAAUACAGUUGGAAAUGGAAAACAAAGAGGUGGAGAAGAAAUUACGACAACUGCAGUCCAACAUGAGCAGAGAAAAAGAGGAGAGAAAGAAAUCAAGUGCUUAUCAUUGGAAGUCUGGACAAGCAGGAGCAAUGACUGUCCAAGCCCGACUUUUAUCACAAAACAAAGAAAAAAUCAAGAAGGUUUCUUCAGGAAAAGUGAAGUUGCAGCUACUGAAAGAACCACUUCAAGUGCCAAAGAAAGAACCAUUUAAGCAUGAAAUGUCAAAUAAUGGAGCUCAUGAAAAAACUGAAGCAAAGGAGAUGGUUUCUCCUCGUCCACAUACUAAGAAUGCAGGGCUGACAGAAGCCAGUACACGUCCUGGAAAACUGCAAGUUGUUGAUCCCUUCAGGUUUACUUCAUUAGUGAAUGAAACAAACAUUAAUCAUGAGGAGAAGGUGGACAGCAAGCGCGGGGUCACUUCAAACAAGUUGACAUCCUCACCAGCGUCAGCAGUCACUGCUGAGGAGCUCUCUUCAGAAUCAGACUGGACAGGUCUUGGCAAUCAGGACACAGGGAUCUUACUAAAUGGUAUGUUUAAUGAGGAAGAAUCUGCAAAGAUUUUUCAGGAAGCUUUGAUUCAAUGGAGGAACUGUAAUCGUGACCACAGACCAGAACAGCAUACUGGUGAGGUUCUACCAGAAUCUGUGGAAAAUCAUGAGGUACAGACCAAUCUUUCUGUUAUGAAAGAACACGUCCAAAUUCAGUUCAAGGAGAGUGGCCUGAGCUACAUGGAGAAACUCUUGCUUAAGAAAUACAAAAGGACUUCUGCUGAUGAAAUGCCUUCUAGUCGCCUUACAGAUUUAAGGACUGAGCGUAAACCGACUGCAUUACACAAAGCUGUGACUGGAGGAGAGGAAGAAGGAAAUGCUGGUCAUACAGAUGAUUUAACAGUUGAGGAGGUGAGGAGAUACUGGACAUCUGUUUUUAGGGAGGAAGAACCCAAGAGUGGUACGGAAAGUGCGGAGUCAUCUCUGAAAAUUGAACUUCUUGAUGAUUCUUACGACGUGGAGUUGGAAGAAUCGUGUGACUUCUUGGUGUGUGAAGCUGAGGCUACAGGAAUGAAUAACCAGAGAAAUAUUGAACCGUUUGAAGAGUUUGGAAGUGCUUCAGCAACUGCAGAUCAGCAAAACACAAUGCCAGACCUUUUGCCAAAGGAGACUGCAGCCAUGGUGAAGUCGUCUUGUCACUCGACAUUUGCGACUGAUGCUCAAAAUCGUUCACCUUCUGAUGUAAAUCUUGUUUCCUCUAAAGAAAUCUUGCAAGGAGAUGGGAGAUGGGUUACUGACAUGAGCUUAAGCAAGCAUGCUGAUGAGUCUGUAGUUCAGGCUGUCUUAGAAAGUCAAAUGGGCAGAUCUUCAAGUGGUCUCAAGACUCAUAGAAUUUCUCCUCUGGUAACAUGCAGACCAUGCUCAGGGAAUGAUUCUAUCAGACCUCGAUCAUCAGAUGUGCUGCAACAUAAACUGACCAGAGAUUGUGCAAAAUACACUCAUCCAAGACCAGAGAGUUCACCUCUGCGUGCAUUUAGAGCUAAUACUGAGAUAUCAAAGCACAAGGAUGUUGAUGUAAUUAAACAAGAUGAGCAUUGUUGGGAAUAUGCUGCUGACCAAGAAGCCUUACUCUGUCUGGAAAAAGAAUUACAAACUUAUAGAGAUAUUUCAGAUCCUCAAGAAAAACUUUACAGCCUAACUUCUGAAGAUGUAACCUCCUCCAGCAGACAUUCAAGGAAGAUAUAUGGAAGUGUUACAGAUUUCCAUAAAACUCUGGAUCUAAAAGACUACAGCACAGCUGAUAUGCUUGGGGGCUGUGAUGAAGACCAAAUAGAUGAUGAGGAAGAAAUUCUGGAGGAUAAAUGGCAGGUUCUUGCAUUACAGUAAGCAUGUGAGGAAUGUAAUGAUUCUGUAUCUUUGCACUUUGUAUGAAAACAAAGAAGCAGAUGAAGAGUAAUUACUGAGUUCUGUUGAUGUUAUUUAUUAAAGAUUACUUUGUAAAUUUGUAAAUAAAAAUGUUUAAAAAUCACUCCACUUGGAUUAUUUUUCUUACUGUGGAAAAACAGGAUAAAAGAAAACUGAAAAGACUUGUUGGGAGAUGCCCUGCAUUCUCAGGCACAGCAGCUCCCUUCAGCUUUCUUCACAGCGUGGUGGUGGUUUUUUCAUUUGUUUUUGAUGUAUGUCUGAAAUGUAGUGAAAGCUUUUUUGUUUGGUGCAAUGCUUUUCUCCACUGUGGUUUUUAUGAUAUUUUGAAGGUAUCUUAAUCUUUUCUCUGGUUUUGGUCACCAAAGAAGUGAAACUACCUAAUUGCACUUAUUAAAAGUUAGGACUUGGUGUCAAAAAUGCAAGAUUUCUCUCUGCUUGUGUUGGGAGACUUUGCAAGUGGGACUAACUGUAAGCUUUUGAAUGAUAAUUGCUGUUAUCACCUGACACAACUAAAAUUAAUGGAAAUUUUUCACUGAAGCUUUUGUAUAGAAACUUUAUAACUUGGUUUAUGUUUUUCCAUCUGUUCCACUGUUGUAAUGGUUUAAGUGGAGAGUUUGUAUAAAAUGUGGCUCUCUGAAUCU